GGCGGAGGCUCGCGGCGUCGUGUGGCGGGGAGGCGGCGUGCGGGGCGGCCCCGGCUCGUUGGGGUCCUGCGGGGCGGCGGCGGGCGGGCGGAUCGGUGUCUCCUUCACUUCGCCCUCCAGUGCCAGCGCCUGCAGCAGCGCGGCCUCCUCACGGCGACGCCCGCCCGCGCCCCCGGCCCCACUCCGCCCGGCUCCGCCGCCCUCCUGCGCCAGCCAGCUCCAAUGGCAAUUCCUCCGUCGUAUGCAGACCUUGGCAAAUCUGCCAGAGAUAUCUUCAAUAAAGGAUAUGGCUUUGGGUUGGUGAAACUGGAUGUGAAAACAAAAUCUGCAAGUGGAGUGGAAUUCACAACAUCUGGUUCUUCGAACACAGACACUGGAAAAGUGAAUGGGAGCUUGGAGACCAAAUACAAGUGGGCUGAGUAUGGGCUGACUUUCACAGAAAAAUGGAACACAGAUAACACUCUGGGAACAGAAAUUGCAAUUGAAGAUCAGAUUGCCAAAGGCUUGAAGUUGACAUUUGAUACAACUUUCUCACCAAAUACAGGAAAGAAGAGUGGUAAAAUUAAGUCAGCAUAUAAACGUGAAUGCCUAAACCUAGGUUGUGAUGUUGACUUUGACUUUGCUGGGCCUGCAAUCCAUGGUUCAGCUGUCUUUGGUUAUGAAGGCUGGCUGGCUGGUUAUCAGAUGACUUUUGAUAGUGCCAAAUCAAAAUUGACAAGAAACAACUUCUCUGUGGGUUACAAGACUGGAGACUUCCAACUGCACACUAAUGUCAAUGAUGGUUCUGAAUUUGGUGGGUCAAUUUACCAGAAAGUGAGUGACAAUCUUGAAACUGCUGUAAACCUGGCUUGGACAGCAGGUAGCAACAGCACUCGCUUCGGUAUUGCAGCUAAAUACAAGUUGGAUUCCACUGCUUCUAUCUCUGCAAAAGUCAACAAUUCUAGUCUAGUUGGAGUGGGUUACACCCAGACCCUGAGGCCAGGUGUGAAGCUUACUCUGUCUGCCCUGAUAGACGGAAAGAGCAUCAAUGCUGGUGGCCAUAAACUUGGCCUUGGCCUGGAAUUGGAGGCUUAAAAAGGUGAAGAAACUGCUGCAGAGAAGGGAUAUCAGAAGAAUUUGGCCUUAAAAUGUAUUUCCAAUGUGACCAGCAGGCUUUUUUUCCCAAGAAGGAUGACCUAGAACAAGAGCUGUAUUUGAAGUAUUUAGACAGUUACUUGUUAGCUGGUUUCUAGUUAAAUUCGUUACCCAUCUAGUUACAAUUCUGCAUUAGUGCAGUCACUUAAACAUUAUUUAAAUGUAUUUAACUGUUUAAUGCGCUACCCACAAAUAAUGAAAUAGACAUUUAUGAAAACUGUACAAUUGUGUGCAUGUUUGUUUUUAUGUUCCUUUUAACAUUUGAUAUUGCCAUUGAAUGAAAAAUGGAUCAGUGGAUGUCUUGAAAUGAGGUCAACAGUUCUGUUAAAUCACCUUAAAUAGAUACAUUUGGUAUCCAGAGACAACUCAAAUUAUGAAUAAAUCAAGUACACA